AUGCCAAACGAGAAACUCGCCUCAGACCUCGGGUCGGGUGGUAGCCCUUUGAGCCAGCCCGCUCACACGCUUCCCUAUGAAGCCGUGAUCAAGGAACUCACCACCAGCAUCGAUGAGGGUCUGAACCCUGAUGAAGCUAGCCGUCGUCUCCAGCAAUAUGGACCCAACAAGCUGGAUGAAGGCGAAGGUGUAUCGGUGGUUCGAAUUCUCAUCCGGCAAGUGGCCAAUGCAAUGAUGCUAGUCCUGAUUCUUGCUAUGGCUGUGAGUUUCGGAAUCAAAUCUUGGAUUGAGGGCGGGGUUAUCUGCGCGGUCAUUGUCUUGAAUAUUAUUGUCGGUUUUUUCCAGGAGUAUGCUGCUGAAAAGACCAUGGAAUCUUUACACUCGUUGUCUUCGCCGACUGGAACUGUCUCGAGAGGUGGACAGACAUUCGCAGUGCCGUCAGCUGAGAUCGUUCCUGGUGAUAUGGUCGAAUUGAGGACAGGAGAUACUGUCCCUGCGGACAUCCGGCUGGUUGAAGCAGUCAACUUCGAAACCGACGAGGCUCUCCUGACUGGCGAAUCUCUUCCUGUGCAGAAGGAAUGUGAUCCGAUCUUCAAAGAAGACACUGGUCCUGGAGACCGCCUCAACAUCGCUUAUAGCUCGAGCACCGUCACUCGAGGUCGCGCUCGUGGGGUCGUAGUCAGCACAGGCAUGUUCACGGAAAUUGGUUCUAUUGCUCUCGCACUGCGAGCCAGUGACAACAAACGCCGCCCCGUUAAGCGCGGUCCCAACGGUGAGACCAAAAAGCGGUGGUAUGCCGAAGCAUGGACUCUCACUGGCACAGACGCUGUGGGUCGUUUUCUCGGCGUCAAUAUCGGCACCCCUUUGCAAAGAAAGCUUUCAAAACUAGCUUGUCUGCUUUUCGCAAUUGCCGUGGUGUUCGCCAUCGUUUGUAUGGCAGCAAACUCCUUUAGCAACAGCACUGAGGUCAUCAUGUACGCUGUCGCGACUGGCAUUAGUAUGAUUCCUGCGUGCUUGGUUGUUGUACUUACUAUUACCAUGGCGGUGGGCACAAAGCGAAUGGUCGAGCGAAAUGUGAUUGUUCGCAAGUUGGAUUCUCUGGAAGCUCUCGGUGCUGUCACGGAUAUCUGUUCAGAUAAGACCGGCACACUAACCCAAGGAAAGAUGGUUGUCAAGAAAGCUUGGAUUCCGUCUCGGGGAACAUACUCUGUGGGCACGUCCAACGAGCCAUUCAAUCCCACGGUCGCUGAUGUCUCAUUCACCCCCGUCCCUCCUCUUCGAUUUGAUGACGAGAAGGAAGGCCCUACUACAGACAACCCGGAAAGCUUAGUCACUGAAAACCGCCAGCUUGAGGAUUUCCUAGACGUCGCUGCCAUGGCCAACCUCUCUCAUGUGUACAAGUCCGAGGAGGGCGAAUGGCAAGCACGAGGCGAGCCAACGGAAAUUGCGAUCGAAGUCUUCGCAUCGAGGUUCAACUGGAACCGUGACCGCUGGACCAAGGGACAUGACGCCAUUUGGCAUCAAAAGGCAGAGUUCCCAUUUGAUUCGACUAUCAAGAAAAUGUCCGUUAUCUUCAGCAAGAUUACACCUAAAGAGACUCGCACAAUGGUAUUCACCAAAGGAGCUGUUGAACGUGUCAUAGAUUCUUGCAACUCGGUGAUCUGGGACCAAGACUCAUCCAUCGCCGUGCCAAUGACCGAUUAUCACCGUGAAAAUAUUCUUCAGAACAUGGAGGAACUCGCCAAGAUGGGACUUCGUGUUUUGGCUUUGGCGCACCGCACGUUCACCGAGGAAGCACGAGUCUUGGAGGGCUCUGAUCUGGAUCGUGAGGACGUGGAGAAGGAUCUUUGUUUCCUUGGGCUGAUUGGCUUGUAUGACCCUCCACGCCCUGAAACGGCAGACUCAAUUCAAGCCUGUUACAGGGCUGGUAUAGUUGUUCAUAUGGUCACUGGUGAUCAUCCCGGCACUGCAAAGGCGAUUGCACAGCAAGUCGGAAUUUUACCAUCUGACUUCAGUACAGUCGCAGCCGACGUCGCAGAUGCCAUGGUCAUGACUGCCGGCCAAUUCGACAAACUCACUGAGGACCAGAUAGAUGCACUUCCCACAUUACCUCUUGUUAUUGCUCGCUGCGCUCCGCAGACCAAAGUGCGCAUGAUAGAUGCCCUCCAUCGCCGAGGCCGCUUCGCAGCCAUGACUGGAGAUGGUGUGAAUGAUUCUCCCUCGCUGAAGCAUGCCGACGUGGGUAUCGCUAUGGGGCAAGCAGGAUCAGAUGUGGCCAAAGACGCGUCUGAUAUCAUCCUGACGGAUGAUAACUUUGCCUCGAUUCUCAAUGCUGUUGAAGAGGGUAGACGCAUUUUCGACAAUAUUCAGAAAUUUGUGCUGCACCUGUUAUCCGAAAACAUUGCUCAAGCCUGCACCUUGCUUAUCGGGUUAGCCUUCAAAGAUGCCGACAAUCAGUCCGUCUUCCCGCUUGCACCUGUUGAAAUCCUCUGGGUCAUCAUGAUCACCUCGGGCAUGCCUGACAUGGGCCUGGGAAUGGAGAGCAAACAAGGUAUUUUCACCUGGGAGGUGAUUAUCGACAUCAUGGUAUACGGCGUUUGGACCGCAGCCCUCUGUUUGGCAGCUUUCUCCAUCCGCAUAUGGGGCUUCGGCGAUGGUAACUUGGCCCGUGGCUGCAACAAAGAGUGGUCCGAAGAGAUCAAAGACUGUGAGCUAGUUUUUCGAGCCCGAGCCACCACCUUUGUGUGCCUGACUUGGUUUGCUUUGUUUUUGGCUUGGGAAAUGGUUAAUAUGCGCCGCUCGUUCUUCCGCAUGCAACCGAAAUCCAAGAAAUACUUCACUCAGUGGAUGUACGAUGUCUGGCGAAAUAAGUUCCUGUUCUAUUCCAUCAUGGCUGGGUGGGUUACUAUGUUCCCCAUUCUCUACAUCCCGGUGCUCAACGACGUUGUCUUCAAACACAAGCCAAUCACCUGGGAAUGGGGAAUUGUGGCAGUGGAGGCUAUUCUUUUCUUCAUGGGCGUCGAAGCCUGGAAAUGGGCCAAGCGAGUAUACUUCCGUCGCAGAGAGAGGAAUAAUCAAAUCGGAAAUUCAUUGGCUGCGGUCCCGGAAGAGGCCUAA